AUGUUCCUCUCCCGCAUCGUACUUCGCGACUUGGACUCCAUUGACUCCCCGGUCUCCAUGGUGUCCUCGAAGAAGGUUGUGACCCAUGACGAGUGGGAGCGGAAGCUCCGCGACGUCAAGAUCCGCAAGGAGGAUAUGAACCGCCUCGUCAUGAACUUUCUCGUCACCGAGGGCUUCGUUGACGCCGCCGACAAGUUCCGCAUCGAGUCCGGCACCCAGCGUAUUGCACGCUCCUCUUUCUCUCCGCUAUUGAACUUCUCGGGGAAUUUGUUGAAUUUCUAA